CAUAACCAACCAAGCCCUAAAACACUAUCCUCUUUCCCGAAAUGGAGAAAACAGAAAGCCCUAAAACCCUUUCCUCCCCAGCCACUGAUUUGCUGGAGCGAGAGGAGAAUUGGGACAACCAAAUCCUCGUCAAAUACGAGGGCACAUGGUACGUCGACUUCACACUACAACCGCUGCUGUCUGCACGCACCAACUUCAGAGCCAAAGACGGUGACGUAAUAGUGGCGUCACUCCCCAAAUCAGGGACAACAUGGCUGGUCGCCUUAGCACUGUCCAUUGCCAAACGCGGCCUUUACCCCCCGGGGCAGAGCCCCCUCCUCACUGCCCACCCGCAAGAGGUCGUCGGCAGUUUGGAGUUCAAUCACUACUUGAAACACGACAACCCUGACCUCGAAGGAAUCCCAAGCCCUAGAAUCUUCUCCACGCAUGCGCCGCACGUGAUGCUUCCCGAUUCUGUCCGAGAAUCAGAUAACUGCAGAAUCAUUUAUAUUUGCAGGAACCCUCUCGACCGGUUCGUUUCGGUUCGCCAAUUCUUGCUCGCCAACCUGGUGGGGAUGGAGGAGGCGGCGCCCCCCGCCAUCGACCAGGAAUUCGACAAGUUCUGCCGGGGGAUUGACGUAUGCGGACCGUUUUGGGAGCACAUUCUUGGAUAUUGGAAGGAACAUUUGGAGAAUCCGAGGAAGGUGUUGUUCAUACACUACGAGGAGAUGAAGGAGGACCCAGUGGGGCAUGUCAACAAGAUUGCUGAAUUCCUGGGAUGUCCCUUUACUGCUGAAGAAGAAAAACAAGGGAUGGCUGAAGAAAUCGCAAAGUUAUGUAGUUUCGAGACCUUAAAAAACAUAGAAGCGAACAAACAAGGAUAUCUCCAUGCCACAUUUAAAAAAUCUACCUUCUUUAGAGAGGGUAAAGUUGGAAAUUGGAGUAAUUAUCUUUCACCGAAAAUGGCCGAAGAUAUAGAAAAGAUAAUAGAAGCCAAGUUUAAGGGCACAGGUAUUAAUAUCAAAACAAAAUUCCAUACUAAUAAAGGAACGGAUUAGGUUUGGCCGGGGUUUAUCCCGUGCGCUCUUUCGGGUAGCGGCUGCGAGUUCCCACGUCAUAAAAUAAAAUAAAAUAA